AUGACGCUGUACGUUGACGCCGUCGCGCACACGAUUGACCCGGCCACCAGGACCAACAGGACGACGAUGAAGGUCAUCUGGCGCCCGAGGGCGUCGCUCAGUGAAAUCCACAAAAACACGCAUGACGUACUCGCGAGUAGAGGCAAGGCUCGUGCCGUCGAGGGCGACAGCGAUCGUGGCUAUGCUUACCGCGAGAAUGGCGAAUCGAUAGCGAAUGCCUUGGGCAUCCUAAGUCUGGGUCUGGGACAUCAUCUUGCCGGCGCCUCUUCAGCGCUGCGACGGCAAGCCUUCGCCCACGACCACCGGUGUCUCCCGCCCGUCGAUGCGUCGCGCUUCGACUUGGUGCUGGGCUUGCGCCACACGCUCGCCAUCGUCACGUCCAAGGCGAACGGGCAGCACCUGCGGAACUUCCACCGCAACCUCUUCGGCGCGUACAAGAACACCGUCUCCAUGCUCAUCAUGGGCCAGCGCCUCAUCAUGACCAACGAGCCGGAGAACCUGAAGGCCAUCCUAGCCACACAGUUCUCGGACUUCGGGAUGGGCGAGCGCCGUCGAGAUAUCUUCGCUGACAUGCUGAGCAUUGGCAUCUUCAACGCCGACGGCGACGCCUGGGCCCACGCGCGCGCUAUCAUCCGUCCAACCUGGCGCGCAGCCAGUUCACUGACGUUGGCUUGUUCGAGAGGCACUUCCAAGUCUGGAUGGACCACAUGCCAAUCGGGAAGGAUGAUGCGCUGGAUAUACAGGAUUUGGCAUAUCGUUUUACCCUGGAUGUCGGCACCGAGCUUCUGUGCGACAGGUCGUCCCACACCCUUCACCCCCAGGGCGCUAAGUCGGGUCGUCGGUUCGGGAAUCGACACGGCCAGCGAUGUUAUCAUGAUGCGCAUGCAGCUUGGCAAGUUAUGGCGGCUAUAUAAUCCCCGCAAGAACCGCGAAGCUUGCCAGGCCGUUAAAAAUUACGUCGACCCGAUGGUGCACGAGGCUGUCGCGAAGGCUAAGAAUGCCAAGCAACGUGGCGACGGCGUCACCGAAGACGAUCCGAGGUACACCUUUCUUGGGGCAUUAGCUAGCCAGGAUCUCAGUCCCGACGAGGUUCGUAGCCAUGUGCUUAACAUGUUGUUCGCAGCCCACGCCUCCACGGCUUCCUUGAUGGCUUCGGUAUUCCGCUUCCUCGCAGAGGAUAGUCGCGUGCAGAGGCGUCUCCGGCAGGAGAUCUGGAAUGGCCUCGAAGGGCGCCGAUCCACGUAUGAGGACGUACGCAGCCUGACGUACCUGAACUGGGUGACCAAAGAGACCCUGCGCCUUUAUCCUCUUGUACCGCAAAAUAUUCGUGGGGCGGUCAAAGAUACGUUGCUCCCGGCUGUGAGAUUGGCUACUUUGUAUAUUCGAUCCACCGCCGGACCGACCUGUGGGCGAGAUGAUGCCGGGGAUUUCCGGCCAGAGCGCUGGGAGACGAUCUCGCCCAUGUUCCAGUACUUGCCCUUCAACGCUGGUCCGAGAAUUUGCCCAGGGCAGUCUUUUGGACAGGCGGAUGCAGGGUACUUCAUUACGCGUUUCCUGCAGGAAUAUACGGUCCUCAAGAAGCCUGAGCACGUUUCUGCUUAUCGCGAAAACUUGCAUCUCGUUCUGUCCGCCAAAGGAGGAGUGCGGGUGAUUGUGGACAGGUAA